AUGCGGACCAAACUUGAUGGCCGUAUUCGUACUCAAAUCGAGAAUGGCGUCGCCACCGGGCACCGCUCUAUGUUCGCACUAGUUGGAGAUAAAGCUAGAGAUCAAGUGCCAAUUCUUUAUCAUAUUCUAUCAAAAUCAACUGUUUCUGCCCGCCCAAACGUUCUCUGGUGCUACAAAAAAGAGUUAUCAUUCUCAACUCAUCGUCAAAAGAAGGCCAAGAAGAUUAAAAAGGCAACGACUACAAUUUCUGGCAGUCUUCCAGAUGCUGAUCCUUUUGAUGUGUUCAUUUCAUCAACUCAAAUCAGAUAUUGUUAUUACAACGAAACCGAAAAAAUCCUGGGAAACACAUUCGGAGUUCUCGUUUUACAAGACUUCGAAGCAAUGACACCGAAUCUUCUUGCUAGAACUAUCGAAACUAUUGAGGGAGGUGGAAUGGUUAUUCUCUUGAUGCAAUCAGUUCGAUCUCUUCGCCAGCUUUACACGAUCUCAAUGGAUGUUCAUAAUCGAUAUCGUACUGAAGCUCACAAUGAAAUCACAGCACGUUUCAAUGAGCGAUUCAUUCUUUCAUUGGCAUCAUGCUCAUCGAUUCUUGUUCUUGACGAUCAAUUAAAAGUUUUGCCGAUUUCAAGUCAUAUUGAGAAUGUUGAAGCCGUUUCUGCGUCUCAAAAGGUAGGUUCAGCCUGUUCAGAAGUUUUUACUAGAAGUUCUUUGCAGAAAAUCCAAAGUGAAUCUGAUGCCGAGCUUGCAAGUCUCAAAGAAGCAAUGAAGGCCACAAAACCAAUUGGUCCGUUGCUUUCUCGUGCUCGUACAGCAUGCCAAGCCAAAGCUCUUCUCCGUUUCCUUGAUGUCAUCACUGAAAAACAGUCAAAUGUUACAUGUUCUCUCACCGCUGGCCGUGGACGUGGUAAAUCAGCGGCUGUCGGUUUAUCUCUAGCCGGAGCUGUUGCAUUUGGCUACACCAACAUUUUCGUGACAUCUCCAACACCGGAAAAUUUGAAGACAUUGUUCGAAUUCGUCGUCAAAGGACUUGAUGCUCUCGACUACCAAGAGCAUACUGAUUACGAGCUCAUCCAAUCGGCUAAUCCAGAGUUCAAAAAUUGUCUAGUUCGAGUUCAAGUGUUUCGGGAGCAUAAGCAAACAAUUCAGGUUCAUAUCAUAUUCUUUCUUAAUUGUAACACCGAUAUUUUUCAGUAUAUCAGUCCAACAGAUGUCGAAAAACUUGGACAAUGUGAGUUGAUCGUGAUUGAUGAAGCCGCUGCCAUUCCCCUUCUUCUUGUUAAGGAACUCAUUUCUGGUGAUUUUUCAGGCCCAUACGUUUCGUUUUUGGCAUCAACUAUAAAUGGUUACGAAGGAACUGGUCGUUCGUUGUCACUGAAACUGUUGCAGCAGCUGAGACAACAAUCAGCUGGAGGAGAAGCCAAAGAAGGAAAAGUGGCAUCCAGCAAAGGAAGAACUCUUCACGAGAUGCACAUGGAGGAGAGCAUUCGUUAUAAGCCAGGAGAUAAGAUUGAAAAAUGGUUAAACCGUCUCCUCUGCCUCGAUGCCACAAGUUGUCAACUGAAACUCGAAUGUGGAACGCCUCCACCAGCUGAUUGCGAACUUUACAUUGUCAACCGAGACACUCUGUUCUCCUUUCAUGAUGCAUCUGAGAGUUUCCUUCAACAAGUGAUGGCGAUCUUUGUUUCUGCUCAUUACAAAAACAGCCCGAAUGAUUUACAGAUGCUUUCUGAUGCUCCAGCUCACAAUUUGUUUGUUCUGAUGGCUCCAAUCGACAAAUCUCGAAAAACAAUUCCAGAAGUUUUGGCAGUGGUUCAAUUGUGUCUUGAAGGUCGUUUGGAUUCAGAUAAAGUUGAAAAUGGGUUGGAAAGUGGGAAACGAGCUGCUGGAGAUCUUAUUCCAUGGACGAUCUCGCAACAAUUCAUGGAUAAACAGUUCGGAACUCUCUGUGGUGGUAGAAUCGUUCGAGUUGCAGUUCAUCCAGAUUAUCAAUCAAUGGGAUACGGAAGCCGUGCUGUCCAACUGAUCGAGCAAUAUUACCUGGGACUAGCUGCAUCUUUAGAUGAAGAUGAACAUGCGAAUGGUGUCCAGAAGAAAACUACUAUCAAGCAAGUGAAGGAUGGUCAUACUGUAGAACUUCUCGAAGAACGCAUCGAGCCAAGAGCAGAUCUACCUCCACUUCUUCAACGUCUUGAUGAACGAAAACCGGAAAAGUUAGACUACUUAGGAGUAUCAUUCGGUCUCACUGUUCCCCUUUUGAAAUUUUGGAAGCGUUGUGAGUUCGUGCCAGUUUACAUUCGACAGAAUUCUAACGAUAUCACCGGUGAGCAUACCUGCAUUAUGCUCAAAGCGCUUGAGGCAGGAAGCACUGACAACGAUGAUGAGCCGAUGGCAACAUGGCUGCCAGUCUAUUGGCGCGAGUUUCGACGUCGGCUGGUGAAUUUGCUUUCCUACGAUUUCUCGACUUUCUCAGCUCAAUUGGCUCUUUCUCUACUUCAAAUGAAGAAUAAGAGCGCCGAGAAACAAAUGAAACGAUAUGUUAUUGAAAGAUCCGAGUUGGCGAUUCAUUUAUCAAACACUGACUUGCGAAGAAUGAGCCAAUACGGACGUAACAUGGUCGAUUCUCACAUCAUCACAGACAUUUUGCCAACUGUUGCCAAACUGUACUUUGAACAGCGAUUGCCACAGGAUCUCAAACUAGCUGUAACUCAAUCUGCCAUCUUGCUUGCUCGUGGUCUCCAACGCAAACAGUUCGAUGACGUGUCCAAGGAGCUCGAUCUUCCGGCGAAUCAAGUGUUUGCUCUUCUCACUAAAGCAAUUCGACGAAUUGGUGACUGGUUUGAUGAAGUCUGUGAAACUGCGGUCAGAGAGAAUCUCGAUAAAACAUCGGAGGCUGCAUCUAACAACAGAACAGUUUCUAGUUUGCCAAAAGCAGUGCCACUGGCAAACCUCGAAGAUGAACUCGAUGAAGCUGCAAAAGAAAUCCGUGCUCGUCAUGAGAAGGAUAGAAAAGCUCUGUUAGCCGAGUUGGGAUCCGAAUUGCAGAAAUACGAAAUUACUCAAGACGAAAAAGAGUUAGCUGAAGCAUAUGAGUCAGUCAAUAUGAAAUAUGCGAACAAACUUAUCAGUGUCAAGAGUAAAAGAACUGCAAUUCAAGCUCAGAUUCCUGAUGAAAAAAAUCCGCUAGAGAAGAAGACGAAGAAGAAGAAGCGUUUCUCUUCCGGAGGUCGUCAUUGA